AUGGCAGCUUACGGGCAGUUCGUGGAGUACUGGGACCACGAGCCUGCGACCGACGAGGAGGCGGCCCAGACGGCUCGAGCAUACUUGCUAUACUUGUUCGGGGCUUCUCUGUUCCCGAACAGGCGUAGCCGGGUGCACCUGUGCUAUCUAGCGGGCUUGGUCGACUUAGGACAGGCGGGAUGCUUCGACUGGGGAGGUGCUGCUCUGUGCACGCUCUACUGUCUCCUUGGAGCUGCUUCUCGCGGGGUUGGAGACACAGUUGGAGGGUACUGGCGGGUGUUUGAGCUUUGGGCUUACGAGGUUCUCGGGAUGUUCCCACCUGAGAAUACUUGUACGGACUCGAACUUACUCCCACGCGGCUUAGCCUGGGGUAAGGCGUACCGGAGAGCAAAGGAGCGACGAGGAGAGGUGAUGACUUUCCGGCGCCGGCUGGACAACCUGACAGGGGUUGUGGUUCGCUGGGACCGGUGGGCAGGGAUGGAGGCUGACUUCCUUCCGAGGAGUCGGGAGGUGACGCAGAGCAGGGUCCUACUGGAGUGCCCACUGGGUUGGCAGUGGUACCUGGGGGAUCGAAGGACUGAGUCCUACACUCGUGCUGAGCUUGAGCUGUUCACCGUGCCGGACACGGAUCUAGAGAGGCACCUGCGACGCCCCUUGGACUAUGCUGCUUAUGCAGAUCGGUACCUGGCGAGGAGCCUGAGGGUGGAGGAGGAGUUCGAGAGACGGGUAGCUGGAGUGGGGGCUUGGAGGGACGAGGGCGGAGCGCGGAGCCGCGGUGGUCGCUCUACACGGGGUCGGGGAUGA